AUGGUCCUCCAUAACCCAAACAAUUGGCACUGGGUCAACAAGGACGUCUCGCCCUGGGCUCGGGAGUACCUCGAGAACGACCUUCAGGGCAUAUCUGCCGAAGAGAAUGGCGUCUCUGCGAAGAUAGACAAGAUCAUAAGUAUGGACGGAGACGUGGAUGUCAGCCAGCGGAAAGGCAAGGUGAUAACGCUGUUCGAUGUCAAGCUGCAGGUGGAGUAUUCUGGUAAGAGCAAGGACGGCGCGGAAGCCAGCGGCACAAUCACAAUCCCUGAAGUCGCGCAUGACACGGAGGAAGACGAGUACGUCUUCGAAAUCGGCCUGUAUUCCGAAUCCUCUAGCACGCAGCCGGUGAAAGACCUCGUCCGCUCCAAGAUCACGCCCCAGCUCCGCAAGCACCUGCAAAAGCUAGGUCCAGCCCUGAUCGCCGAACACGGAAAAGACCUCCAGCACCCGUCCGGCUCGAACCCCUCCUCCGGCUUCAGCACGCCUAAGUAUGUCUCGAACACCUCCAUACCGAAACAGGGUGACAAUCCCAAAGACUCGCCCAAGACCUCGACUUCCAACACCGGCAAGGGCCCAUCAGUCAACGUCACCACCGUGACUGACAACGAGGAGUUCCGCACCACGGCUGAAGAGCUCUACAAGACCUUCACCGACCCUCAACGCAUCGCCGCCUUCACCCGAAGCGCGCCCAAGACCUUUGAAGGCGCGCAUCCUGGCGGCAAAUUCGAGUUGUUUGGGGGGAACGUCAGCGGCGAGUAUGAGACGCUUGAGCCGCCGACGACCAUAAUCCAGAAGUGGCGUCUGGCACAAUGGCCUCAAGGGCACUUUUCCACGCUCAAGAUUAGGUUUGAGCAGAACGACGUGGAUGCUGUGACGGUGAUGAGGGUUGACUGGGAGGGCGUCCCCAUCGGCCAGGAGGAGGUCACGAAGAGGAACUGGGGAGAGUACUACGUUAGGAGUAUCAAGACGACCUUUGGCUUUGGCACGGUGUUGUAG